AUCGUCCGUUGACCAACCGAAAGAAAGGACGUCAACAUUUAACGUUUUACGCUUUGUGAGCAAACCGGCUAACGCUCCUGUCAACAACAACAACAACCAUAACAACGAGAGGGUUCCUUUCUCCGUGUGUUAGUGACCGUCUGACCGGUAGCGCCUCGUGUGUGAGUCGGUGAGCCCCUAUGGACCGGAGCCACUACGUGUGUCUGUUGAGAGCUCCCGGGUCCCGGUUGCUGUGAUCCGGGGAACCGGAACCCGUGUCGUUAACGUCCUCUCUGACUCCUCUGCAGACUUGUGUUCGGGACCUGGUCGACAUGAGUCCGGGAUCCAGGUGAACCCGGUGUCUCUUAAGCACACACAUGCAGGACCCGCGAGCAGCCAGUCCCGGUUCCUCUGAGCCGGACAGUCCCGGAGGUCUGAACCGGGGCUGCCUGCUGGACCCGGAGGACGUCCUCUACCACGAUCUGUCCGUCAUGGUCCCAGAGACCCCCAGUCCUCUCCUCGGCAAGCGGCGGCGAGGCGGCCUCAUCCCGGAGGAGGCGCUCGGCCCCCUCUCCUCCGUCGGCUCUCCGAAGCGUCCGGACUCCUCCCACAAAUCCAAACGUCGGCGCCUGUUGGCGGCGCCGAGCGAGCAGAGCGCCGCCUUUAUUCCCGCUUCGUCUCUGCGGGCGUUUCCUCUGGGCGGCUGGUUCGGGGCGCCGCUGUCGACCACGUCCUGCUCCUCCUCCUCCUCCUCCUCGUCCUCGUCCUCCUCCUGCCUCACGCCCAUAUCGGAGGAGGAGGUGGAGGCGGCGGGUUCCGCUGUAGAAGACCGGCGAGCUCUCCUCCGCCGCAGGACGACUUCGCCGUCCGCCUCCGAGUCGCUGUCCUUCCUCACUGAGGAGGAGAGGAGGUGGCUGACCGGAGAGCAGGGAGGCACCUCCUCAGCUCCAGAGGAGAUCGUCAUCAGUGACGAUGAGGAGGCUGUGGUUCGCUCUGCUCAGGAGGAGGAAGAUGCAACGAUGGCUCGAAGUCUUCAGGCCCAGUUUGACCACGAGGAGUCUCACAGCAGACACCACCAUCAUCUUCAUCACCAGCAUUACCACCACCUUCUUCAUCAGCAAAGCCACCACAUGUUCCCGCCCUACAUGGAGCCCAGCUGGAUGCCUCACCUCCUGGCUGCCGUCUCUCCUCUGGUCCACUUUGACAACGAUCUGAUUGGUCGAAACAGAAGACGUGGGCGUGUCAGGAGGAGGAACGCUGAGCCGGAGCUUUCAGAAGAUCUUCAGGGGAACGACUACGAGGCUCUGCUGGCUUUCGAGGACCGCCAGGGCUCCGUGGUGUCCAGGAAGUUGACCCGCAGGGAGAUCCAGAGGUUUCCCACCAAAACCUUCCAGUCGGAGAGCAACAGCGGGAACACGCAGUGUCAGAUCUGUUUCUGUGACUACACCGACGGGGAGAAGCUGAGGAUGCUGCCCUGUUUCCAUGACUACCACGUCCAGUGCAUCGACCGCUGGCUGAAGGAGAACCCCACCUGUCCCAUCUGCAGAGCCAACCUGGCUGACCCCGCCCCCUCUGACCCCGCCCCCUCUGGCCCCGCCCCCUCUGACCUCUGACCUCUGCUGUUCACAAUGGACGACUCGUCUUGUUUUUAUUCUUUUUCAUUUGAUCUUUUGGGAACGAAACAAUUAAACAUGCUGCUCUUUUCUGUUGUAUCAAUUUAAAUAAACACAUUUGUCUGAA